AUUUUUUCCACAGAAGCUACAUAUGGGAGUGAAUUCUUCACAAGUUGCACAAGAUAGAUUAAGUCUCACUUCUACCAGUCAAAACUCCCCGAGAAACGGUUUGCGGAGCGCUCGAAAUGUGUUGAGAGCAACUUCGCGACUCAAGUUUUCGUUCAAAAGAAAAUCUUCCACUCGAGACCAAAUCCGACCGUUCGAGGAACUCAUCAAAAGUUGGCCAGUUCAAGAUCUCAACCUUCUUCUAGCAGAAUUUGAAGCCGAUUCGAAGCUACUCGAGUUUCAGCGACUAUGUGAUAAUUCAAGAAAACCGACAAAUUCUUUCCUCAGAGACUUCGAGAGCGGGAGAACCGUGUCAGGAAAUCUGAAUAUCUUAUUCAAAUUCACCUCAAUUCGCGCUAACCGCGCAUUCGUUUCUCAAAGAUGUACAAAUCUCAAAAUCUCGGCAAACUACGAUGAGAACCCGGAAAACUUUGAUUUGUGCGAGCAAAAAUUUUUGAAAUUCGAACAAGACGCGGUCGAGAUAUUCUUGAAAUCGUACAUUUAUAACGAACAAUGGCCGGAAAACUUGGGAAGUGAGAUGCUCGAACAACUGUGCACAGAUUUUGGAUGUUUUAAGAAACUUGAAGAAGAUGUGAAGCAUAUGUACAAGCAGGAUCUGAAGCAUGGCGACUUGAUAAUUGAAGUUGUCGACGGAAAAAACACCGAAGAAAACAGCGAGAGCUUCAAAAUUCGAUGCUCUUCUCUAAUCGCUGCUUCACGAAGUAAAAUCAUACGAUCGUUACUGCUGAGAAAGUUGACUGAGAAAAAUGAAGGAAGUUCGACAAGUCGUCCCAAACGAAUUGUCUUCUCUGAACUAAUAUUCCCACAAGCAUUCGCUCCGAUAUUUGUCUCAUUUCUGUACACUGAUCGACUGGAUUGGAGUUUGGCGCCAAAAUCCGAAGACUCUAUAUCUUCGUUAUCACAAGCCAAAGCUAUAACGAAUAGUGGUAGAACUCCGGAUUUACAACUGGCUAGAGCUCUGCAAUUAAUUGAGAUUGCACGGUUUUUCGAAGUCGAACAGUUGGUUCAAGCUUGCGAAGAUGUUGUCGUCAAGAAUCUCUCAUGUGACAAUGUGGUUGGCAUUCUUCAAUGGGGCCGAGCUAACAACUCGAAGUACAUCUCGACUCACGCAUUUCGGUUCAUAGAGCGUGAUUUUCUGAAAAUUGCCGCAUCAAGCUGUUUUUUCGAGCUCACUUCCAAUGAGAUGACAGAGAUCACACAGAGUCAGUUCCUUCAAACUACCGAACUGGACCUUCUCGACGCUUGCUGUCGAUGGGGUGAACACGCUCUUCUAAAGAAAAUGGAAGACCGCGAGCCGAACUUAGUGGCAGACACAUGCCACUCUAUAAGUCGACGAGGCCUGAAAAAGUCUGAGAAGUCUGGAGACGAGCUUAAAGAGAUUUUGAAACCUCUAGCGGAUAAUAUAAGGAAAGACUAUUCGCUACCACCAUUCCAUCAAGACUUGACAAAUGCCUAUAACAAGGGGAUCCUGGAGCAGUCUCCGUUGGGACAGGAUCUAGUUGUAUGUGCAUCAACUUCAGAGAUUAACCCAGAUGUUCAUUGGCUGAAGCCAGAAGAUGAAAGUACCGGACCAAGAUAUUACAGACCUUAUCACACUGCUCUACUGAAACAUCGAAACAUCAAAGAUCCUUCCUGGUUUGGGAAAUUGCUCGUUACGGACACCAAUGCACCAUGCUCAUUGGAAUUCACAAAUCUAUACCCGGAUAUAUUAAGCGGCGAGUUGUUCAACAAAGUGAAGGUUCUAGUUUUGAAUAGAACGGAGGAUCCUGAUUUCACAAGUCUGUUACGGAAUUAUCAUAGGAGAGUGGCGUUAGAAAUGAUAAUACGGCGAACACUAAUUGAGCUCGACAUUCCCGAGGAAUGCAUAUCCUGCCACCUUUUGCCGGAGGACACUUCCAAUAAACCAAGCACGCCUCCCGAUGUGCUAUCACCAGGAUGCAAGGAAAUUUUCUAAUUUUUUUUACUCGUCAUAUUGGAAACGGGUUUUUUUUCAUAAUUACGGAUGUCAAGAUAUUCUAUAGUACAAACAGAUUUAUAAAUAUGCCCGUAAAGCCAUU